AUGCGGGCGCUGACCGGCCUCGUGAGCGUGGCCGCGAGCACUUGCAACCCGCCCACGUCUUUGGCGCACGGGCAGGUGAGGCUGGGAAGAGGCGGCAUCAUUGCGGCCUUCACCUGCGAGGAAGGCUACACGCUGCAGGGCACGGGCAUCGCCGUCUGCGUCGCCGGCAGGUGGUCCACGCCCGUGCCCACCUGCGUCAGUGAUGACCCCGACGCCACGCCUACAACCGACACGCCCACGACCGCCACGCCCACAACCGCCCCUCCUCGACCAGGCCGUAGGAGACAGCGAGGACCAGGUUCCAGGAGAGGCAGGCAGCGCGAAAGGAGGCCCACCAGUACCACGACAGAAGCCCCGAGCGUCGAGCAGCGGCAGCAGGACCAGCACGUGAUCACAGCCUACAACGUGGUCGAGUCGUCCUCCACCCUCAAGGACCACAUGAAGCACACAAAGGUCAAAGGUCACACCAAGCAGACGAGGGAAGAGGAGGAAGAUAAUAAGAGAUGGAGGAAGAGGCGCAAUCGGAGGUAGCGACAGAGGAGGAGGAGGAGGAGGAAAUGGAAAACACCG